AUGAAACGGCUGGGCCCGGCGGCGCUGGCCCCGGCCAUCUGCGCCAAGCUGGGCGACUGCCCCGCUCCCUCCUUUCAGGUUGCGGCCAAAGAGGCCCUGAGCCUAUCGGCCAGCACUGCCAGCACCAGCAGCGCAGGCGAGAUGACGCUCCGGGUGCUGCUUCAAGGCGACAGGUGGGUUUCGCUGCACUUCCACCGGUCCGAGGACCUGAAUUUGAAGGCCGGCCGCUUCUUGGAGGAGCACCGACUCAGCUCACUGGUGAAAGCGGGGCUUAUGCAUCAGCUUCGACAGAUGGUGCUGAUGCGCCAGCUGUCCGCCUCUGUGGACGUGGUGGACCUUCUGAAUCGCAUCACUUUCUUGAACGGACAGGUGCAGGCGAUGUCCUUGGGACCCAUACAGGCUUGGAUUUGUGAGUGCGACAUCUAUUCGGACUUGCAGGCGGACGGCGAAGGCGAACCAGGAGGCGAGAGACGGCUCGAUGUCUUCGAAUUUCUCGAUCGCAUCGAGGACUACCACCCCAGCCACCUGGUGGCCUGGCUACAGUCAAGGCUUGUCACCAUCGAAGAGGUGGCCAUGCCCGGAUUGCCCUUCCAGGACCACUAUUGCAAGCUGGAAGUUUCGCCAGAUGCGGACGCGGCCGCUGUGCGGCGUGCCUAUCGCAAGCUGGCGCUGGUCACACAUCCGGACAAGCCUACCGGUGACAGGCAGCGUUUCGAGGAGAUCUCUCGGGCGCACGAGGUGCUUACCGACCCGGCGCUGCGCGAGGUCUUCGACCGGGAGCGCGUGCAGCGGGCAACAGAGGAGCUCUCGCUGAGGGCGAGAAAGCUUCGUUUGAGGCCUAGCACAGAGGUCGCCAAGGAGCUGGGGAGAGACUUGGAGCAGCUGGGGGGACGUGCGCGAGAGGCGUUGCUCGCAGCAGUGGAGGCCUUGCGCCAGAAAGUGGCAGAGCUGGCCGCCAAGGAGCCCCAAGGCGAUUUGCUCGCAGGCGCAGCGCAGCCGGCAGGCCCGCUGGGCUCCAACUUUCUCUGA